UGCAGUGACACAGAGGGCGGUUGUGAGCAAGGCUCUGCUUGUACAGAGUCUUAGUGCAGGGGGAUUCCCAGGAGCGUCAGCGAUAGAACAUUGAGAAUGUCGGGGAUUCCUCCGGACACCUGGCAACCCAAAACUGUUACAUUGGAGACCACUAUGGGAAACAUAAUGCUGGAGUUGUAUUGGAAGCAUGCACCGAAAACCUGCAAGAACUUCGCUGAGCUGACUCGAAGGGGUUAUUAUAACAGUACAAAGUUCCAUAGAGUCAUCAGUGAUUUUGUGAUUCAGGGAGGAGAUCCAACUGGGACAGGUAGAGGAGGCUCAUCUAUUUAUGGAAAGCAUUUUGAAGACGAAUUACACAAAGAUUUAAAAUUCACAGGUGCAGGGAUUCUUGCCAUGGCAAAUGCAGGCCCAGAUACAAAUGGCAGCCAGUUCUUCAUUACGUUGGGACCCACCCCACUACUGGAUGGAAAGCAUACAAUCUUUGGUCGUGUGUGCCAAGGGUUGUCAGUAACUAAACGUAUUGCAUUAGUGGAAACUAAUCGUGAUGACCGACCUACAGAUGAUGUAAUCAUUUUGAAAGCCACAGUAUCGCAUUAAGGCUAGCUGAAGUUAUGCAGUUCAUUUAAUGAUUUGGAAUAAUUUCCAGGUUGUGGUGUUUUGUCUUUUCAUUACCUUAUUGAUUACAAAUCUUGUGAAUUUGUAAUGGCAGGUUGCUGUUGGUAAUCAUCCCAAGUCAUUUCCUAUGGGUGCCUUGUAAUAAGUAAUGCCUACAGCUUGUAAAGCAAUACACAAAAAUAUGAAAUUGAGCAGAAAUGUUUAAAUCCAAUUUUUGUAAAAUUUAUUACAUGGGGAAUAUUUUAAUUUUUUAAAAUAAACAUAAUGAUGCCACGUGGAAGACAGCUGCACAAUCCUGAUAGCAGCAUGAUCUCUGUCUUCCCAUUAUGGAUAUAGUGUAAAACUAAAUACAUCUUACCUCAAGCACUAGGGCCCCUUGCUCUUUUUCCUGGAAAAACAAUAUUGAGAACAGGUAAUCAUUUAGUUAUACUUUUGCUAUAUAACUCUUCAUCUUCUUCCAAAAUGUUUCUUUCUGAAGAGAUUUAUGCAUAUUUUGUUUUUGUUCCACUGAGACAGGGAGAUUCUGUUUGUUUUAUAUUUUUUAUUUUCUAAUUUAGGCAAAUUAUUCUGAUACUGUUUGUACUUCUCUUGGAGAUAUGAUGGUGGCUGGGUGUAACAAAUCAAGUUCAGUUUACCUAAGUGCGUAGUGCUGGUUCUGAGAUCUAAGAUAUAUCCUGGUAGCAGAGAUCAGAAAGUUUUACCUCAAAGUAAAAGAGUAGACAGGCAGACUCUAUAAACAACUAGCAUAUUUUGAUAAUUAAACAGGGAGAAAUUGGAAAAAAAUUCAAAACUACCUGACAUUUGCAAGCAGGUAUGUGCUAUUUGCUAACUGGAUUGUUUUUGCACUUAAUCAGCAGGCUGUAUGUUACCAGUCUUUACUGAUUUCAACUGAAUACUCAGCUUUUCCAAUGUCAAACACUUUCCUAAUGUUGUUAACUUUGGCCUCGUAGACCAGGCUUGCAUGUUCUUUUGUCUAGUUGAGCACAGGAGUCAACUCCAGUUGUCAGAAGCUGGUAUGUUUUAUUCUUAAAUGCUCGCCAACUCAACAUUAAAAGGGGAUUGAGCACAAGCUGGACUGAUCAAAUACACAGUGCUUUUACUAAAUUACUAUUGUCAGUAUUAAUACAAGACCAUUAAUGUUAUAGGUGUGAAGACCCACCUUCUACUAUCUUUUUGUUUAAUUAAAGGAGAUUUCCCACCGUACGUUCUUGGUUACUUGAACAACAAAAAUACAGUAGUUUCCCCCUGUACCCACAGAGUAUAUGUUCCAUGACCUGUUGUGGAAGCCCAAAACCACAGAUGGGAAGGAACUCAUUCAUUUCAAUGGGAAAUUUACCUUCCCAGCUGCCCCCGGUCCCUGGUUCCAGAAGCUUCCCUUUAAUAUGUUUGGACCACAUGUAACUGAAACCACAGAAAACAAUUCCGUGAAUACCGAGGUUGCUCUGUACUGCACCUGCAGGAAAUAUGAAAUAUAAAUAAAAUGCUGAAAAUACUCAGCAGAUAUGGCAGCAUCUAUGGUGGGGGAAAUAAACUAAUUUUUCACAUCUGUCUCUCUUCAUGAAAACUCUAGCCUAGUACUUAUCACCUAACAAAAUCCAGUCUCUUUGUUAUAACCCUCACCUUGACCUCCUUCCACCUAUCACAUCUCCAUCGCCCCUCCCCCAAGUCCCUCCUCCCUACCUUUUAUCUUAGCCUGCCCCCCCCCCCCCCCACUUCGACUUGGCCUUCACUACAACAAAUUGGGCUACUUGAAUCUUUCACUCAGAUUUUCUGAUUCAAACCACUUCCCUGCCAUAUGUCCAGAGGUAUGUGGCCAAAUGUCUGGUCUCAGGUCAGUUAUGUGUUAAAGGCAAGGCCUCCGCUCUUCACUGGUGAGUUUGCUGAACAGAACUGGAAAUUUCAACGGCAGAUUUUGGAAGAAGACAACCUUCAAGCCAGCUGUAAACAUUAAAAAUACUUUAAUUCUGA